AUGCCUCUUAUAGGAAGAUACCUGAUCACUUCCAUCUUGACACUACUUCUUCUCUGGGGUGGAGAGAAGAUUAAAGCUCAAAGGGCAGGUUGUAAGAACGUUCACUAUGAUCUGAUCUUCCUGCUGGACACGUCCUCCAGCGUGGGCAAAGAAGAUUUUGAGAAGGUCCGCCAAUGGAUAGCCCACCUAGUGGACACGUUUGAGAUUGGACCAGACAGAACUCGUGUUGGGGUCGUCCAGUACAGCGAUCAGCCAACGACUGAGUUUGACCUUGGGAGUUAUGGGACUCAGCAAGAGAUCAAAGAAGCUGCAAAGAGCAUCAAGUACUAUGGGGGGAAUACGAACACUGGAGAUGCCCUGCGGUACAUCAAUAGUUAUAGCUUUUCCGUACAGGCUGGCGGGAGGCCAAAUGAUAACGCCAUCAAGAAAGUUGCGAUCCUCCUGACUGAUGGCAGGAGCCAGGAUUACGUCUUGAGUCCUGCCUCGGCAGCGCAUAAGGCUGGCAUCCGGAUUUUUGCAGUGGGUGUUGGGGAUGCCCUCAAAGAAGAACUGGAUGAAAUCGCUUCUGAGCCAAAAUCAGCCCACGUCUUUCAUGUCUCUGAUUACAAUGCUAUUGAUAAGAUACGGGAGGAGCUGAGAAGACGGCUUUGCGAGAAUGUCCUGUGUCCAAAUGUCCGCGUAGAAGGAGACAGGUUCAGACACGGCAAUGGAGCAAUGGAUGACAUACCAGGGUUUGACUUGAUGGAAUUAUUCAGUGUACGGGAGAUGUUCCGAAGGAAAGACGAUGGAAUCCAGAGCUCUUAUGUUCGUCUUGGAAGCUUUCCCAUUGUUCAGCGUACACAAGAUGUCUUUCCACAAGGACUUCCGGAUGAGUAUGCCUUUGUUGCUACUUUCAAAUUCCGCAAGUCAUCCAGGCGAGAAGAUUGGUACAUUUGGCAGAUCAUUGACAAAUAUGGCAUACCACAGGUUUCUAUCCGGUUGGAUGGGGAGAACAAAGCACUGGAGUACAACGCAAUUGGACUUACCAGAGAUGCUGUGAGAGUCGUUUUCAGAAACGGACGUGUCAAUGACCUGUUUGAUCGUAACUGGCAUAAGAUUGCACUCAGCAUCCAGUCCCAGACGGUCUCCUUGUACAUCGAUUGCAAACUGGUCCAGACAUUACCGAUUGAAGACAGAGAAAAUAUUGACAUUCAAGGGAAAACGGUGAUCGGCAAACGCCUUUAUGACAGUGUGCCAAUUGAUUUUGACCUUCAGAGGAUGGUUAUUUAUUGUGAUUCACGACAUGCCGAGCUUGAAACCUGCUGUGAUAUUCGUUCUGGACCUUGUCAAGUGACCCUGGUUACAGAUGUUCCCCCUCCUGUAAUUCCACCAACGGAUGGAAAUGAGUACAUUGGACCUACCAAGACAGUCAACUGUUCCUGUCCUCCAGGAGAAAAGGGAGACAUUGGACCAAUUGGACCUCCUGGCCCAAAAGGAGAACCAGGUGAAAAGGGACCCCAAGGUUUACCUGGUUUAAUGGGUGAGAGAGGAGAAAAGGUAAAAGCAAAUAAAUAUUUUUCGGGAGAAAAAGGAAAAGGUUCCAUUGGUGCAGCUGGCAUCCCAGGGAGAGAUGGAGUCAAAGGAGAAGCGGGAGAACCUGGUCUUCCUGGAGUAACUGGUCUUCCUGGACCAUCUGGCCCAAAGGGAGAAGAAGGACGUUCAGGUCCCCCAGGACGUCAAGGUUAUGUUGGAGCACCUGGUUUGCAAGGGGAAAGAGGAGAAAAAGGACCCCGUGGAGACAAGGGAGAACGUGGCCUUGACGGUUUUCCUGGGAAGUCUGGCUUGGAUGGAAAACAGGGUGCCAAAGGAAGUCCAGGUCAACCUGGACCCACAGGACUACAAGGAGCGAAGGGUGAUAUCGGUCCCCCUGGUAAACCAGGCUCAGCAGGAGCUCCUGGCCCAAGGGGUCCGAUGGGGCCUCCAGGAACUCCAGGUCCCCCAGGAUCACCUGGGUCAGAAGGCAAGAUGGGACCUCCAGGUCUACCAGGUCUACGGGGUCUCCCAGGGUCUCCUGGACUUUCUGGUUCUCCUGGACUUGCUGGAUCUCCAGGUCAACCAGGAGAAACUGGCAGAAAUGGUGAACGUGGGCCACCGGGUUUACCUGGAAAAUCUGGUCAAGAUGGUUUACCUGGUCUUCCAGGGUCAAAAGGAGAACAAGGGGAAAGGGGAGAAGCUGGUAAAGCAGGCUCCAAGGGUGAAUCAGGCCCCCCAGGCCCCUCUGGCAUAGUUGGGGAGAGGGGUGAAGCUGGUCUCCCAGGCUCACCUGGUUUGCCUGGUCCAAGAGGAGAAAAAGGAAACCAGGGUGAAAAAGGAAGAACUGGACUCGCUGGCUUCAAAGGUGAUAGAGGAGAAAAAGGUGAAAUUGGUGCUCCUGGUCUCCCAGGUCAACCUGGAAAAGGAGAACAAGGGCCGAAAGGUGAAAAGGGUGAUCAGGGAGAAAGAGGUGAACCCGGAGAACGAGGUGUUCCAGGAGAACAGGGUCCAAUCGGACCAGCUGGGCAACAGGGUAUACCAGGAGCUGCUGGUCAGCCAGGAAUAGAUGGACAAAAAGGAGAAAAGGGAGAACCUGGUAAGGAAGGAAAAUCAGGUCCACCUGGGCCUACAGGUGAACCAGGAGCUGUUGGAGAACCUGGAUUACCUGGAAAGGGUCGAGAUGGAGAAAGGGGUGAAAGAGGUCCACCAGGUUUACCUGGAUCCUUUGGGUCUAAGGGUUUACAAGGAAAUCCAGGAGAAAGGGGACCACCAGGAAAACCAGGUUCCUCUCCUCUGCUUUCCCCUGAUGAUAUCAGAUUAUUAGUUAAGGAUGUUUGCACUGAUUGUCCCCCUGGACCAUCCGGUCUCCCCGGAAUCCCAGGACAGAAGGGUGAUAAAGGCCUUCGAGGCCCACCUGGGAAUGAUGGACCAGUUGGGAAAAGGGGAGAACCUGGACUCAGAGGUCCCCCUGGGCCUCCGGGAGUGGAAGGUCCCAAGGGUCCUAAAGGAGGCGAUGGGGCAUCUGGUGAAGCUGGCCUGAAAGGUGAACAGGGUCAUCCUGGAAUACCUGGCUUCAUGGGUCCCCCUGGGAAUCCAGGCCCAGCUGGACCAGAUGGCUCCCCAGGACCUAUGGGUUCCCCAGGACCUCCAGGAGAAAAGGGGAAAGAAGGUCCCCCAGGACCUCAGGGACCCCCAGGAUUGCCUGGACUUAUGGGUGUAGCUGGAAACGAUGGCAAAGAUGGUAAACCAGGAUCACCUGGGGAACCAGGUAAGCUUGGAGACCCGGGGCUACCAGGCCAAGAGGGUGGCAGAGGACCACCGGGUUUUAAGGGUCCAAGGGGAGAUGCAGGAAGUCCUGGCACGAGAGGAGAACCGGGUCAACCUGGAACUCCAGGCCGGGAGGGGUUAUCAGGAAAAGAUGGAGAUCCAGGACCCGCAGGACCAGAAGGCCCCCGAGGACUUAGAGGAAUAGCAGGCAAGACUGGACCUCCAGGUGCACCCGGGGAACCUGGUCCUGUAGGUAACCCAGGCUCCAAGGGAAGCAAAGGUGAAACUGGCAGCCCAGGUGUUCCUGGUUUCAUUGGGCCACGAGGUCUUCCUGGAGAACCAGGUGAAAAGGGGUCACCAGGGAAAGAGGGCACCUCAGGGAAUCCAGGAGAACACGGACAAAAAGGAGAGAGGGGAGAUCCUGGAACGAAAGGUGAAAAAGGGCCAGCAGGAGUGAAGGGACCACCAGGUGAUCCAGGAGUUCCUGGCCGCAAAGGACACACAGGAUUAAUGGGUCCCUCAGGACCAGCAGGAGAAUCAGGACAAGUUGGACCUCCUGGCCCUCCAGGCCAACCUGGAUUUCCUGGGCCUAGAGGGGAUCCUCCAUCAACAGAAACAUUACGAAGACUCAUCCAAGAAGAGUUAGGGAAACAACUUGAUGCUAGACUGCCCUACCUCAUAAGUCAGCUACAGCCUUCCCAGGUCAAAGCACCUCAAGGAAGACCAGGGCCUCCUGGAUCACCUGGAAAGGAAGGCCCUCCAGGUAGAGUUGGCCCUCCAGGAGAACCUGGCAGACCUGGACAACCAGGUUCAGAAGGUCCAUUGGGACCCAUGGGACCAAAAGGUGACAGAGGGGAGAAAGGAGAGAAGGGAGAUGCUGGCAUUGGCCAGAGGGGUGAAACUGGUCCCCCAGGAGUAGCAGGUGUUCCAGGUGAACCUGGCUAUGGUAAGGAUGGAGUUCCUGGAGUCCAAGGUGCUCAAGGUGAAGCUGGCGCUCCUGGCCUUAUGGGGCCCCCAGGACCUCCAGGGGCCAAUGGACAAUGUGACCCCUCCCAGUGUGCUUAUUAUGCAAGUCUAGCUGCUCGGCCCAGCAACAUCAAAGGUCCUUAAAAAUGUAUCCUCCGUUGCUGCUUGUGGACCUCUCAUGGACCUUCUUCUCCGGAAAAACUUGGAUGAAGCAAGGAAGUUGGGAGAGCCUGUUUCUUUUGCUUCCUGUUCUUCGACAAGGAGCAUGGAGACUCUGGGAAUU